CCCACAACGCCGCUAGGAACAUCAGCUUGCAUAGCUGUUCAAACAUUAGAGGAAACAUUUGCUGUGAAGCCUCGAGAGCACAUGACUCAUAGGAAGAGCAGCCUGAUGCGAGUAUUUUUAUCUUUCCCUGUUGGCCUAUACCAGUUCGAGAUCAUGGAAAAGAUGUGGCACGCGGUGUUCUACAUUGCUGUAUUGACGCCCAAGAUCGUAGGCGUCAGAUUCGACACGUGUGGAAAGCCGGCAGGUGUGGUCAUGGCAUCAAGAAGUGCUGCCUACAUGUCCAAGUUUCUAGCAGUAUGUGGGAAGCCGAUUGUCCUGAAGUAUGAAGCAAAAAACCUGGUUCUGUCACGGGCCAUCGACGUUUACUGUACCGUGGCCAGGCUCUGCUAUGCGUUUCAUGGGAACAGAACGUCGCACCCAGAACCAGAACGAAUGUUGACACAGAAACUCCGAACUUGCCUUGUGAAGUUUGGAAUCGUCGGAGCCAGGUGGAACGAGCAACUGUUACCGAAUAGAUCAGUAGAAACAUUCGUGGACGACGUCAACAAAUGUGUCCCUGACCACAUGAUCCCGAAGGACGUCAGACUGCUCACCUCUGCGAUGCGCUACGGCCGUACAUUGCUAUGAGAAGGCAAAACUACAAUAAACUACUCUGUUGCACUUCA